AUGACCCGAGACGACCUUCCCUCACUUCUGCUCCUCGCCGCCCCUCCAGAACCAGCAAGCCGGCCAUCUCUGAGCGCGGCUUACAAACCGGCACUCACGGCUGCCCUCGCCAAAUUAAAGGAUGCGUCCAGAUCACAGACCCUCGUUGUUGCGGUAGCAUACCCCGUGCUGAGAGGUUCAGGUCUACGACACAAGACAAUAUCCUGGCCAGAAACACAACAUAUGCUUGCUGGUCUAUACACCAUCAUUGCAGUUGUGUGCGCCGAGCUGAGUAUACCGUCGUAUAUGAACGCUGGUCCGGGAUCUGUCGAUGCAAGGGUAGUUCUCAUCGACCAUGAGAAAAGACGGCGAUACGGGCAAGGCUAUCGCGCUGCUAUCGAGCCCAACAACACCUCCAUUGUGGAUCUAGCCACGUUUGUGUCUGCAUACCACCCGUGGAGAUACAUAUUCAGCACCGACAGCGAAGCCGCCCAUGAACUGCACUCACUUUACCUGAAACUGGCCGAAGGACAGCAGAAGCUGCUGCAGGAACAGCUCAUUACCGUCAAAGGUGGAAUCGCUCUCAAGGUACAGUCCACAGAAGAGCCAGCGCCUCCCUCUUCUCCAGAGACCAAGUCUUAUAAGACUGUGUGCCUGGGCGGCACAUUCGACCACCUCCACCCUGGACACAAGCUCCUCUUGACGGCUGGCGCUUACUUGCUGGAUGUACCCGAGAAGGGCUCAGCCAACACCUGUACCUAUGUGAUCGGUAUAACAGGUGAUGAGCUCCUCAAGAAGAAGAAAGAUGCUGAAGUGCUGGAACCCUGGGAUGAUAGAGCUCGAAAUGUCAUUCAGUUCCUAUCUUCCAUAUUGGAGUUGUCUUCCGAAGGCUGGGCGAGAGUAGCGGCUCCAAAGGUCGAAGAAAAAGAUGGCGACUUUGUGUCUACAUUACGAGAUGGAACGAUCACAAUCCAGUGUGUAAGAAUACAAGACCCCUUUGGUCCGACCAUAACGCAGGAGGAUCUUGACUCCCUGGUGGUGUCUGCAGAGACGAGGUCUGGUGGACAGGCAGUCAACAAUGAGAGGGCCAAACGUGGGUGGAAAGAUCUCGAGGUUUUCGAGGUAGACGUCCUUGAUGCUGGGGAGGUCUCUGACGCCCCUCCAUCCACUCAAGACUUCUCGUCCAAGAUCAGCAGCACAGCAAUACGACGCCAGAUUGCAGAGGCUAUAGCUAGUCAAUGA